GUCCUCUCAGAUCUUCUUUUGCGGUGUCUGUCAGGGCGCUCACAAGUGCUGCGCUCGCGUUCCGCCUUUGCUCUUAGCUCGUUUGCUGCUUCUUCCUACCUGUACUGUCAUUUCCUUACUGACUGACAAGUGCAGUACAGCUCGUGCGCUGCCCUUGGACUUUUUAAAACCCUUUUUUAUAUUGAAGCUGCUGUUUCUCAUCAACAUCAGGACGACGCUCGUGCUACCCAAUUCUGUGCAGUUCGAGCCAUCCUCCACGGUGCAGUGGAAAUAACACUCCACUCAACCCGCCUUAACAGCUCCAGAUUCUUCAACAUUUUUUCCCCUUCCAUUUCCUCUUUCUUCCCCUGACCCCCCCCCCCCACCUACCGCUGCCCCUUCAGAAUCACCGUUAUGUCCCAAGGUGCGAAUUCGUCGCCGCAGUUCGAAGCGGUGGGUGGUCACAAAUCUAGCAUUUUCUAUGGGCAGUCCACCCGCGACGGUCGCAGCACCUUGCGGAAGACAACGACGGCGUGGGAGGUCCUCUACUACCUCGCCAUGGAGCUGGCCAAGGAUGGAGAAGAGGGGGAGGGGGAGGCCGAUGCGGCGGCGGCGGCAUCGAAUGGAAGCGACUCGAUUCGGAUCAAAUUCAUUCACGCCAUGGGCAAACUCGCUUCCCUCACUCCCACGCUCUUCGCUUUGCGCUUUCCCGCGAAGUUUGUGCCGAAAGCGGUGGAGCUGCAUCCCUACGUGGGCCAGCGGGGUAAGUGGAUCGUGCUGGAGGAAGGCUCGCCAGCCCGCACCCUUGUCGGCCCGCUCUUUCACGAACUGUUUGACGGCGCAGAGAGCCUGAAAGGGUUUGACGGUGAAUACGACACCGGCGUCUGGGGCAUCGGCCUGGUCAACGAAGCCUCCGGCAUGACGAAGACGUGCGCCAUGGAUGUGAAAAUCGGCUUUAUUCGUCACUCCCCCCUCACACCACAAGACAAAGUUGCACGCGUGCUGAUGAAGGAGCACAAUUCGUUGAUGCGUCACACAGCAUUACGCAUUUGCGGCUGCCACCGCUACAUUAGCGCCGACCCUUCGAACAGGAGAGGGGAGUCAGAGGGAGAAGCUGCGCAGUUCACGCGCGAGCUAUUUGGCAAGGAAAUCGGCUACGCGGUCUCCGACGUGGCGGAGCUGAGCACUUGUCUGAAACUUUUCUUUUCUUCUGGGGUGCCGCUGGCGAAGGUGACAGAGGACGGCACGCUGGUCUUUCCUGCAGAGGCGCUGGCGGAUGUGAGCGAGACGGAGAAGUGCAAGGCGGACAAGCGCAUCGCAGAUAUCAGGGCAGCCAUUCGAGCUCUCUUGCAGUUCUUCGAGGAGACACCGCAGGGUAUCUUCCUGCUGCAGCGCAUGGCUUUUGUCUCAACAAGCGUGCUGCUUUUCUACGACGCGGCGGCCUCACCGGCGGCAGCGCGGCUGCGGCUCAUCGAUUUCGCGCGGUCGACAUGGCGGAAGUUCAACUAUGACGAGUCGACGGUCGGGUUUGUCCAGGGUCUCAAGAAUCUUGAUGCCUAUCUCUCUUAG